AUGGAAGACAGUGGAUGCAAAGGCCUAAAGGUGGGCGAUGAAGAAUCAGGUGUGAGAAAGAGCCUCUCUCCGGGGUCUCGGGACUGUCACAGCCCCUCUCGGGGGUCCCUUCCUGUCACAGCCCCUCUCCGGGGUCUCUGGCUGUCACAGCCCCUCUCGGGGGUCCCUUCCUGUCACAGCCCCUCUCCGGGGUCUCUGGCUGUCACGCCCCUCUCGGGGUCCUUCCUGUCACUGGCCUCUCCCGGGGUCUCUGGCUGUCACAGCCCCUCUCCGGGGUCCCUUCCUGUCACAGCCCCUCUCCGGGGUCUCUGGCUGUCACAGCCCCUCUCGGGGGUCCCUUCCUGUCACAGCCCCUCUCCGGGGUCUCUGGCUGUCACAGCCCCUCUCGGGGGUCCCUUCCUGUCACAGCCUCUCCCCGGGGUCUCUGGCUGUCACAGCCCCUCUCCGGGGUCUCUGGCUGUCACAGCCCCUCUCAGGGGUCCCUUCCUGUCACAGUCUCUCUCCGGGGUCUCUGGCUGUCACAGCCCCUCUCUGGAGUCUCUGGCUGUCACAGCCCCUCUCGGGGGUCCCUUCCUGUCACAGCCCCUCUCGGGGGUCCUUCCUGUCCAGCCCUCCUCGGGCUGUACCUGGGUCCUUCCUGUCACAGCCUCCCGGGGUCUCUGGCUGUCCACAGCCCUCUCAGGGUCCUCUGGCCUGUCACAGCCCCUCUCCGGGGUCUCUGGCUGUCCUGGCCCCUCUCCGGGUCUCUGCUGUCACAGCCCCUCUCAGGGUCCUUCUGUCACAGCCCCUCUCCGGGGUCUCCUGGCUGUCACAGCCCCUCUCCGGGGUCUCUGGCUGUCACAGCCCCUCUCGGGGGUCCCUUCCUGUCACAGCCCCUCUCGGGGGUCCCUGGCUGUCCCGGCCCCUCUCCGGGGGUCCCCGGUGUACGGCCCCUCUCCGGGGUCCGGCUGGCCCCCCUCUCGGGGUCCCCCUGGCCCCCAGGGUUCUGUCCCCGGCCCCUCCCGGGGCCUUCCUGCCGCCUCCCGGUUUUGGCUGCUGGGGCCCCUAGGGGCCUUUCCGCCCUUUGGGCCUUCCUGCCAGCCCUUGGGGCCCUCCUUUCUCCCCUAG